AAAAUGGCAAGUCGUAUUAAUGGACCACCUCCCAUGCGGCCAACCCUUCCAUCGGUGUCGCCACCACUGCCACCGCUACCACCACCUCUGCCACCUCAGCUACCAUUUGGACCGAAUCUUCCUGUUCGACAUAUCAUUAUAAGAAGAAAAAAAAGAAGAAAUUUUCAUCCACGACAGAUGUUGACCUGGUACUUCCUCACGUUCAUGAUGCGCAAAAAGAUCCAAACCCGAAACCAACGACCGGAAGAGACACGGGAAGAAUGGGUCAUUUGGAUCAAAGACAAGAUGAAGCAAGUACAUAGAGACGACGCCACAACUAGCUGGGACAAGCUCUGUAUCUACAGAGUUCCACACUCCCUUCAAAAAAACGACACGAAUUCCUAUUUCCCUCAAACCGUCUCGCUUGGUCCGUAUCACCACGGGGAUGAACAUCUCCGGCCCAUGGACCAUCACAAAUGGCGUGCGGUCAAUAUGGUCUUGAAACGUACCAAACAAGGCAUCGAGACGUAUAUUGACGCCAUGAAAGAGCUCGAAGAGAGGGCUCGUGCUUGCUACGAAGGUCCUAUUAAUCUGAGCAGUAACAAGUUCACUCAAAUGCUAGUUCUUGAUGGUUGCUUUGUUCUCGAACUAUUCAGAGGAGCCGAUGAAGGAUUCUCGAAACUUGGAUACGAUCGAAACGAUCCCGUUUUUGCCAUGCGAGGGUCCAUGCAUUCCGUUCGACGUGACAUGCUAAUGUUGGAAAAUCAACUUCCUUGGUUCGUCUUGAACCGGUUAUUUGAUCUACAGCUCGGUACACAGAACAAACCCGGUUUAGUGGCGAUAUUAGCAGUUGGGUUCUUCAAUCCAUUAAUGCCAACCUAUAUGCCAUCAACUAAAGUCGGGAACUCGCUAGUAAACAAUAAGUUCUUUAACCCAAUAGCUGACAAGGACAAGGAAGAGUUGCACUGUCUUGAUGUUUUCCGUCGAAGUGUACUUCAGCCAAGUCUAAAACCGGAACCGAGGUUGUCGCGAAGUAGAUGGUCUUGGAAACCGCUCGUGGCGGACAAGCGCCAACAACAACUGUUGCACUGCGUGACAGAACUAAGAGAGGCUGGUAUUAAAUUCAAAAGUAGAAAAUCCGACCGGUUUUGGGAUAUUCAAUUCAAAAACGGUUGUUUAGAGAUACCGAAACUACUCAUCCAUGACGGUACCAAGUCACUUUUCUCAAAUCUUAUAGCUUACGAGCAGUGCCAUAUCGAUUCAACCAACGAUAUAACAUCCUACAUAAUCUUCAUGGACAACCUAAUAGAUUCUGCAGAAGAUGUUAGGUAUUUGCACUACUAUGAUAUCAUCGAGCACUGGUUAGGAAAUGAUUCAGAAGUUGCUGAUGUGUUCAACCGGCUAUGUCAAGAAGUGGCUUUUGACCUCGAAAAUACUUAUUUAUCUGAACUGUCGCAUAAGGUGGACAGUUAUUAUAACCGGAAGUGGAAUGUCGUGAAGGCAACUUUGAAACAUAAGUACUUCAACAAUCCUUGGGCGUACUUCUCUUUCUUUGCUGCAGUUAUUCUGCUACUUCUCACAUUAUUUCAGAGUUUUUUCACUUCUUAUCCUUAUUUCUAUCCACCUUCUUAAUAAUUAAUUGGAAAGUUAAAAGUUU